GGUGGGAAUGGCAGUUGCACGUAAGCGUCAAAACAAACGUGAUGACGUAUGGAGCCGAAUUUAUCCAAAUUUGCGCGGGUUUAGUGUUAGUAUGGCUGGCUGUCAUCUCACUGUUGCCGACUCACAAAAUCCUCAGUAAAAAGGUUUACUGGAAAUCUUAAGUUUGGUCCAGAUCGCUUUGGAAGCAGGGAUCAUGUCUAAGCGACAGACGUUUUUAGAAGCCGCCUGUGAGGAAAACGUGGAGGAUUUCCUUCGCUUUAUUCAGCUUCAUAAGGACAAAACUGAGCCCUUCGAUGUGGAGGAGGUCGUGCACGAGAUGCCCAGAGAGCAGAGAGAGGCUCUGUGGAGGAGACUGGCAUCUCUCCUUCAGGACGUCCUGCUGAAGUUGCCACCAGAGCGCUGGGAUGAGGGCAGGGAGGAGGAGGAGGAGGGCAUGCAGGAGGAGCCUGCUGCAGACUCAAAACAUGUUGUGGCUGUUGUGGACAGUGUGACGCUUGUUGCCACAGUGUCUGUAAAGGUUUUACAGGAUGGCGACACCUAUAGUGGCCUUCUGGAAAUUGCCCAAAGGCUUCAAGAUGUAUUGGUGUCACUUCCUGUGUCAGAGGCACCUCUGCAGAACCACAUCCACGCACUGUGUGAGGCCUGGUGGAAGAAAGGGCUGCAGGAGAGGGAACAGUUUGGGCGCACUGCUUUCUUUGUGUCUCUGCAGAAGAGCUUCAUUCUUAAGAAACCAGGAGCUGAGAUCCAAAGAGUGUGGAGGCUCCAUGACGUGCUUUUGAGUCUUGACUACACAUCAGAAGAAAACAAGCAGAUAAUCGACAUGCUGCUUCAGUGCUUUCUCCACCCUACUCACAUUAGAAAUGAUGACGGAAAGCGAUUCCUGGUGUUUCUGUUCAGCUGGAACGUCAACUUCAUCUGGGUUAUUCACGGCACAAUCAAAAACCAGCUCGAGUUUUAUAGCAAGGCUCUGACUACUCAUAUUAUGGAGAUCUACUUCAGAGCAUGGAAGAAGGCUAGUGGAGAGUUCUUGGAGAAGAUUGAGAGCUUAUGCAUUCAAGAUUUCAUGCAGAGUGCGAUCUUCCUUCAAAGAGCUUCUCCUGUCCAUUCCAAAGUUCGACAGAUUAUGAGCUAUUUCCACACGAGGAAGGACUGUCGCAGCACGGACAAGAUGCUCUUUAAUCUCUACAGGCCCAUACUUUGGAAAGCUCUCAAUGCUCCUAACUUUGAGGUGCGUGCAAAUGCCACUUUGCUUUUCACUGAGGCCUUUCCAGUUCACGAUCCGGAUCAAAGCAAUGAGAAGAUAGACGAGAACAUUCAAAAGCAGCUGGACACAGCCAUGAGCCUCCUCAAUGAUCCUCACCCGACUGUGCGCUCCAAUGCCACGCUGGGUGUCUGCAAGAUCCUGGCUAAAUGCUGGGAGCUCCUCCCACCUACAAUCAUCACAGACUUCCUGAAGAAGCUGGUGGUAGAGCUGGCGGCUGACAGUAGCUCCCCUGAUGUCCGCUGCUCCGUGUUCAAGUGUCUGACUAUUGUCCUGGACAACGCUCUCAGCCAUCCACUUCUGGAAAAACUCUUACCUACUGUCAAAUACAGCCUUCACGACAACUCAGAGAAAGUCCGAAUAGCUUUUCUCGACAUGCUUAUGAAGGUCAAAGCAGUUCGUGCUGCUAAGUUCUGGGACGUGUGCAACAUGGACCACCUGCUGGCCCGCUUGGCUAUUGACUCACAUUCUGUUUCCAAGCGUAUCGUCGACCUCCUGUUCAAGUCCUUCUUCCCUGUCAACGAGUCGGAGAAGGAGUGGUGCAACCGCUGCAUCACCCUCAUCCAAAUGAACCCCAUGGCUGCCAGGAAAUUCUACCAGUUUGCUUACAAACAUACAGCACCCACUAACAUAAUAAAGCUGAUGUUGGCUAUUCGUCGCGUCCUGAACAGCUGCAUCCAGGUUGACUGUGACAUGACUGACAUCAAUGGCAGCAACAAAGAGAACAGCACACAGGCUGCACCUGCCGUGUUGGGGAAAGACAUGGCCGUUGUGUCCAGUUUGCUGGAGGUCGUGGUCAUCCUGUGGAGAAGUGUCUCGAAGGCCCUGAAACAAAACGAAGAGGCCCAGAAGUACACAUGUGCCAAGUUUGGGACCGUCAUGUCCAAGUAUUUCCAGGCCUUUGAGGAUCAGCGAGCUACUGUUCCUCUUAUACAGCUGGCCUCAUUCAUGCCCCCAGCUGCAGUUCCAACGUUCAGCUGUGGGGUCCUUUCCAGACUAAGGAGGAUGGAGUCAGGAGCUGUUCCAGCUCAGUACAGCCAGCUGCUGGACUGCAUCUGUAGCUGGGGCCAGGCUGCUGACAUCCUUGAACUCAUCACUGAUUGGCUCACAGAGUCCCUGCCCAAGAAGGUGGACAAGGCGACCAGCGGUCGAAAGGUGUGCAUCAUGGAGACGGUGGAGGCCAAACCAGACCUGGCACUGGCUUACCUGGAGCACCUUUUCAGCCACGCUUCAACACGUGAGAAGGUCCUGGGUCUUGGUCCGAAACCACUGAAGCAGCUGCAUACAGUUCUAGGGAACUGGAAGUCAGUGCUCUAUACUCAUCUCAGCUCCACCACAGAAGAUCCCAAACAUCCCAGAGUGGAGACGGCACUGAAAGCCUUAAAGUCCCACGGUCGUCUUGGUGCACAUCUGCAACAUAACCUGUCAGAUGGCCGUGACUACCUGCUCUCUCUGGAGCAUGUGGCUGCAUGGGUAGCUGACAGGGUGCUGCCCUUUCUGGCGAAACGUACCGAUGAUGACAGCAAGGACUCAGAGAAGUCUCAGCCACAGCCACUGGCUGCAGAGAUAACUGAGAGCUUCCUGACAGUAUGCCGUGAUGUUUUGCUCGUGGGUUUGGGCGAUGUGGAAUUCAAGGGUCAAAUCCUCCACCUGUGCUCACUCAUCCUCCUCUCAGAGGGGGGCUACCUGUGUAUCCCUGCAGUGCUGCCAAUUUUGAAGGAGGUGGCAAACAGCUAUGUACCUGAGGACGACAACGAGAAUCAGGAGGAUCCAACCAGUGUUAUUUUAGGUGUGGUGGCCAAUAUUUUCCAGAAGAUUAUAGAGCUCUUUGCUCGUCGCCUCAGGGAGGAUCCAGAGGAAGGAAAACAGCUGUGUCAGUCAGCUGUUCCUGGUCUGACAGACUUCCUCCAAGUGGCCCAAACCUGGGAUCGAGCACCUCUCAGUGGGGUCUUCUCCACUUUGUUUGCUGUCAUAAUUGUGGAGAAGAAACAUUUGCUCCAGAAGAUUACCCAUCCUGAGGCAGUGAUCACCCCGGAGUCAGUGGAUGACAUGCCUCCUUUGUCCAGGAUCCUGCUGUCUGUCAUCCUCCAAUCACAGUCUGUUACUAGGGCGUUUUUGGCAGAGGUCUCCACAUCUUUGGAUUCCGAGGCCAUCAGCAGUCUCGUUGAACUCGCAGCGGUCCUGCACGUCUUGGCGGUCAUCAAACACGCCGGAAAGUCUAAACCGGGCUUGAAGAGCGCCGCUGUGUCCGUCCAGCAGCAGCUCCACAAACACGCAGUCACAUCUGCAGACAGCACAGACAUCCAGAGGGUUAUUUAUGAAUCUUCUGCGAUGACUUUGAAUGAGAUUCUGCAUUCAUGAGUUUCAUAUUUGAAAAAAAUGAGUCUUUGUGUUGUAUUUUCUGCUUUGCAUUUGUGUUUGAUCUACUUUGCUUAAAAAAACUUUCCCAGCCCUUUUUUUUUUUUUUUUGCAAGGAUUACUACAUUUUCCAAGGCGUGCUACACUUCUGCAUCGUAUUUAUUUCUUGAUGGCAUCCAUUACUCGAGUCGUGUCUCAGGCUUUGUAUGUUUAUGUUAACAAAUACUGAGUACUCGACUGAAGAAAUAUGUAGGGCUCUUCUUUUAAUUUUUCACUCUCCACAUUUAAAAAAAAUAAAAAAUGACAUGAAUUCAUCAUGUUUCUGUGUUUAUGUAUCUGCUGUUCUGUCAGCUCGCAGUUUGC